AUGGCGAGCCCUCCGGGGGAAGCUACCCAGACUGAAGCCCCAACGCACCUCCUCCGCCCGCCCCCGCGCGCCCUCCCCGCCGUGCGCAUCCGCCUCGUCAGCCCGGCCGUCGGCUACGGCCUCUUCGCCGCCCGCGACCUCGCCCGCGACGAGCUCGUCUUCCACGAGGCGCCCCUGCUGACCGCGCUGUUCAACGAGAAGUUCGCCGCCGACCGCGCCCUGGUCGCGUCGCAGCUCGCGGCCUGUCGGAGUGUGUUGGGGGUGUGUCCCGAGGUGGUGGCCGUGGCGUUUCCGGCGUUGGCGGGGAGGUUUGGGGUGGGGAUGGUGGAGUGGGAGGUGGCGAGGGGGGUUUUGAAUGGGGAGUUGGAGGGGGGUGGUGGGAUGGGGAUGAAUUUGGUUGUGGAUGGGGGUGCUGGUGGUGGGGGGAGGCCGCAAUUUGCGGGGGCUGAGGUCACGCAGCGGGAAUAUGAGGCGUAUACCGCGGGGUUGAGGGUUGGGGGGAGUGUGUCUGAGGCGGAUGCGCGCGAGGCGUGUCUGGAUUUCUUCAAGCACUACGCCUUCCAGGUGCCGCCGGGCGGGGGUUCGGGGUCUGCUGUUGGGAAAGGGGGAGGGAGGAACGGGAUGGCCGGCGCCGCUUCGACGAGGCACGCCUGUGUCUACCUGCUCGGCUCGCUGAUCAACCACUGCUGCACGCCCGAUCCGACAUCCUCGGGUUCUUGUUCUGCUUCUUCCCUGACAAGGGACAAGCAUAAGAGCGUGCCCGGCCCGAAUUGCUCCUGGCGCAUCGGCCCGUCGGGGCUGACGCAAUUUGUCAAGCCGCGCCAUAUCUGUGUGCAAGCGCGCCGUGAUAUUCGCGAAGGGGAAGAACUGACGUGGGACUACGGCAAGAGGGAGAAGGGCUUCGUUUGCGAGUGCGACACCUGCCGGGACGGUGGGCUGGGUUCGAUCUGUAACGUCCUGUAAGGCGGCGUUCCAAGAAUGGUGCCCUUAAGUCACUCGGCCAAUUGACCGGAAGGUCGGUUGUUGAGCAAUCCAACUUCUUCUUUGCUGCGUAUGAGCUAGGACAACGGGCACACUGGUCUCGGGCACUGCUAAAAGACGCUAAGGACAAGGGUAUAUCAUGACCACACCGGUCAAAGCAGCAUUCCGAGCUCAAGCUCUUGUUCCCGCGUAACAUCAUCCCGUAAUUUUUGUGUCAUCG